UGUAUGUCCUACUCAACAUUACUCUGAAGAAGACUAGCGGUAGCGCGCCAAUUUUCCAUAUAUAUCAAUUAUCAGAGACCAAUAAACAUAUAUAUUAUAAUUCUCUUUGCGCCAGUCCCAGAUUCUGCGCUAUAUUACGUAGCGUAGUAUCUUUAAGUAGUCUGUGCGCCAAAUCACAACAAAUUGUAAUUGGAAAAUAUAGUUCCAAUUAAAACAAAUUGUUUUGUUACUUUGUAUCAAUGUAAAAUUAAAAUUUGUUUACAUAAGUACCUUUUUGGUGAUAAACAAGUAGGGUAGGUACCAUAUAAACAAAAAGUUAUAAACAUUAGUUUCUGGGUGUAAUUUGUAAGUGGUAAUAGGCGAACGGUAUAAAUCACAUUAUCAAGUAGGACAAGUUCAUAAAACAAUUUAAAAUGUCUUCUACAACCAGACAACCGUCUCGGGGCAGUACUUCGGGUAGUCAUGUGAGAAAAUUACGGUAUAGAACAAUACUGCAUAAUUUAUGCACUCUAGAAAAAGAAGAUGACAAUGUUGAUAAAAUUGAGCAGACAGCAAAUGCAGUGCGGGAGGCACAGAUGCUUCUUAAUGAGGGAGCUGUUGAUGAGAGGGUCAAGCAUCCAGGUGAAGGCUACUUGGCGUCGCGGGUGCUGCGCGCCACUAGCGACCUCGCUCUGCGCUGCUCAGAGACUAUCACCGGCAACGCUAAUCUCUACGAUAAACAUGAACUCGCAUUACAUAUUAACAAACACCCGUCGUUCUGGGAGUUCAUGUUGCCACGCGAGGUGCCGACGCAGGCGUUCCUGUUCGGCACGUUCGCGCCCACGCCGCCGGAGCAGCACCCGCACGCGCCGCGUCGCCGCGUCGAGCGACAGAAGGCCGCGCCGCUCAAGGCGCCCGAGAAGGUUGACAGAUUGGAGCAGGUAGAGGAAGGCUCAGAGAUGGUGACUCAAGUGAAACGGUUUAUCAAGAACACAUACAAGAACACGGGCGGGGAGCCGCUCAGUUACUUCCACAUGGUGCUCGACCCGGACAGCUUCAGCAGGACUGUCGAGAACAUCUACUACCUGUCAUUCCUUGUUAAAGAUGGGGAAGUUAGUGUGGAGCUGGACUCUGAGUACGAGCUUCCGUUCGUGUCGCCUUUGUCGAAGCAGCAACAGCAGCAGCGCGCCGCCGUCCACGAGAAUCAAUUCAUCGUCUCCAUAGACAUGCACCGCUGGCAGGAGCUGAUAGACGCGUUCGGUAUACGCAAGCCGAUGAUGGUGCUCAAGAGGAAUUAGCACAAGGAUCACAAAACUUACUUUAAAGAAUUCAAAGGUGUACUAUUUUAAGUGUAUCAAUUAAACACUUUAUUGCUUCAGUUGCAAUAUACAUGAGAUGUGAAAUAAUUUUCUGCGGUCAGAGCUCCGGAUGAAUCGAAAGAAUUAAGAACAUAAAAUAUGUGUUCAUCGCGACUGGAAUCUAAGUCCAGUGUGUAAAUUCUAUAUCUAUGUAUAUCGGAGAAGCAUUAUUCCCGUCGACAUCGUCAUUAGUGGUUGCAGACUAGUGGGCGUCAUCAGGGUUACAAUGCGAGCACAAAACACAAUGAUCACAGAUAUUUUUAUAUUCAAUUUAAAUUAAACAAUAUUUUAUCACUUUACAAUAAUGAUAGAAAAGUGGACAAUUAGGACUGUAAGGAGCGUCUUUCCUUCAGGGAUCGACUGAAUAAGGCACCUUCUUUUUCCAAUAUAAAUUUCGUGUAUUUCUCUUGUUUCACACAGAUAAAUUCACAGUAAAUUUUGCACAUUAGAUAUACUUUUCUUGAUUCGAGAGCCGCUGAGUUUACUUGCCAGUUUUCUAAAUUCGUGUUGAUGCUGAGUGCAAUUGUCUCAGAGGCCCUCGUUUACUUGCAAUUUUAUAGCGGCACCGUGCGCGAUGGGUGAGUGUUCGUACGCGCUUUAACCUGCGCCAAUCACAGCCAUCGGCGCACGCGUGCUACAGCGCAUGCGUGGCGGUGCGCGCUACGGCGCAUGCGCGGCGACGCGGGGAUCACCCGCAGGCCGCGCUUACACACCGCCACCGGUGCACGAUUAUACAAUUUAACUUAAUUCUAUUCAAUCAUUAAAUUAAU